AUAUCACUUCAAAAUUGAAAAAAAAACAUCAAUUUAAAAUCAAUUGGCAAAGUUCUCGGAGGUAUAAAAGAGAGGUAACCAGUGAAAUGCAAGCUUUUCGAUAAAGCCGUGAGUGUCUCUUGCGGCGUUCUUGAUCAUUUAUUCUCAUCGAGAUUACAAUCGUCGCGCACGCAUCUGUUUGAAAAAAUUACAUGUUCGACGUCUCCGAUUUGUAAUCAGUACGGAGCCGAAGAGAAAAUUUACAAAAAUACGGUGAUAUUGAAUUAAAAAAAGGCACAAAAAAAAAUAGAAUCAAAACAAGAUUAUUUGGAACAGGAAAAUUUUGCGGUAUUGGAGGGUGGGUAAGUUAAAGAAAGGUUAAAUGAGUUUGCAAGGUACAAGGCGAGACUGACGGAGGUUUAUCGUCGGAGAAGUAUAUUUUUUUUAUCCAUUGACAACCGAAACGAGUGUUGCGGCGAUUUUUUUGUCGAUUUUCGUAAAUAUAUGUAAUUUUUGGAGCAUUAUCGAAAUGUCGGAACAAUUUGUCGGUUGCACGGUGUCGGUUAAAUGCGUUGAUGAUAUGGGAAUUUAUCAAGGCCAAAUUCUAAAUUUUAAUCGGCAAACCAUGACCUUAGCCAAACCUUUUAGGAAUGGUGUUCCACAUCCGAUGCCUCAAGUCGUUAUAAAUGCAAAAGACAUUGUGAAUUUGCAAAUAAUUGCGACGGAAGAGGCUGCUACACCAGUUAAAGAAUCUCAGGCUCGGAGCAAAGUAUCAGUGAAACGUCCCAUUGCCAAAAGAGCCGGUAGGUCGGUGUCAGAAUCUAUGCCGCCUGGGCCUCAAACUGUUGCGGGUCAGGUCCAAAUUAAUCCUAGAAAGAUUGUUGAACCUGUGGCGGUCAAAACAGAGCCAUCUUCGAAUGGCAAAAAUGGCACAGAUGUCAAUGUUAAGCCCAAUCAAAAAAGAGUUUCGCAGAGGCAGCGAUGGCAGGAGAGAGAUGAACAGGCUUUUGGAACACCUAUUGAUCAGUCGCUCAAUCAGGAUUUUGAUUUCGAGACCAACUUAGCAUUGUUCAACAAGGAGGCAAUUUGGCAAGAAAUAAAUUCUCUCAAGCAAGAUGUUGUGGGACAAUCAGAGAACAACCGAGGCAAAUAUCGCCAUGAUGAAAACAUCAUAGAAUCUGAACCAACGGCUUAUCGCCAAAUAGUUGUUCCUUGUGCUAAUGAACAGGAAUAUGUGACUGACGAUGGUUUAGUUAUACCAAGCAUAACGCUCGACCUACAUCGUCAGUUGAUUGGCGCUGCUGAUCGAUUAGGAAUCAGUUGGGAGAGGAGGGUAGAACUUUUGGGUCGAGCGGGAGCGGAAAUAAUACUUCAACUUCUGGGUGGAGCGCACCGAUUGAGUCCAAAAAAUGCGCACCAGUGGCCAACGGUCGUGGCGCUUUGCGGGCCUCAUCGUUCGGGUGCGGCAGGUGUUAAUUGUGCGCGUCAACUAUCGAGUCAUGGAGUAAAGACGGUGGUCUAUGUGGAGAAUUCGGAAAAUGUUUCGCUCCUGCAGGAAUUGUCAUUGUACAAAUUGACCGGUAACAGAGUCGAGACGAAGGUAGACAAAUUAUCAUCAGCUGUUGAUCUGAUACUCGUGGCCCUGUCAGAGGAGCAUUCACCUAGGACAACUACUGCAGUUGCAAAAUGGGUCAACAGCAAUCGAGCGCCUGUCCUUGCGAUCGAGCCGCCAGCGGCUGGAACACCUGGUAUUUCGAGUAAAUUUAGUCUCCUCGGCGCUUUGCCACUUUCUCACAGCCCUGACAACGGUCGUCUUUAUCUCUGCAACCUUGCGCUUCCUGACCAAGUAUUUUCCGAAGUUGGUAUCACAUACAAAUCGCCUUUUGGACCGAAAUUCGUAAUUCCUCUCCACUUGAAUAAUUCUUAGCGAAUUAGGGGGGGCCGGGAGAAAGCUCCGUGAAUGAUUUAUCGAGAGCACCUCGAAUGCACUUGCUUCGGCUGUAUUUUUCAAAGAAUACGAAAAUUCAAAGUCCAGUCGAUGGUUAAAAAGCAACGACAAACAAAAAACCACAAGAUAAGAGAAAAUCAAUGAAGUAACUCGCGCGAUGUGACCAUUCGUACUCCUGCUGAUCCUCGACGUGUACAACCGUUAAAUACACUGACGAAUACAAAUAAAUAUCUAUAUGUAAUCCUACUAUUUGUCCGAGGUAACACGGAGAUAUCACGAUUUUUAAACUAGCAACACUUAAGGUAAUCUUAGGUUUAUCGGUCGAUAUCGAUAUACGAACAUUUAAUGGAGUUAGAACGAUAAGCCAUAGGUCGCGAAACUGAUGAACAUCCUUCAAAAAUCUCAGUCACUUUGUUCAUUAUCUUACGAGACAACUUCUCGCUUGUCUAAAGAAAAAAAAAAAAAAAACAAUGAAAUUUUCGUGAAAUUCCGAAAACUUCAUGACUGAAAUUCUGAUGGAAUAACUUCGUACAUUUUUCGAUCAAAUCGAAACGUUAUACUUUCGCAUCAAGCAUCACAGCGUAGGAUAUCCCGAUUGAUCACGGAGAUUCACCGAGAGACUGGGUUUUUUUUUCGAGGAAUUUACGGCGAAUACUUAUUAUACUCCCUGAAAGUUGAAUGAAACAAUUUUUUUGUUUUGUCAUUUUUUCCUCCUAUUUUUACAAUUAAAUAUACUCAACGAUCCAAGAGAGUGAUAUUUGCGGAUUAAGUUGCGAUGGAUUUUCUACGUUAGAAGGCUCUAAAUAUUUUACACAAAAACUACGAAAUAUUUGUUAUUAUAGAUGUGUCUAGUUCAUGAGAAACACAGGGAAGAGACGAAAGUGAUUAUGUAGUACCGAUUGCUCCAAUUGAAAAAGCGAGUACAAAUGCCAAAUUGCAUUUUAAUGAAAGUGUCGUUGCCCCGCAGAGAGCGAUUAAACGUCGAAUUUAUUUGUAAUGUGAUUAUUGCAUUAUUUAUUUGUAUAAAAAGAGAAAAGAAAAAACAGAAACAUUGUAUUUGUAAAUUUUGGUAAUUCACUGGCCGUACGCGAAAUCAUGUAAUUAUAGUUGACUUAUUCAUUUUUCAUCGCUCCCCCAGAAUACAGGAUACUCUUGUAUAAUCGUUAUAUAUAAAUUUUUCAUUGGAUUUUAAAGUUUCAUUUGUAAUUCUUCUAUAUCUUGUAAAGGGGUUCAAUGCUAUGUUGACUGAUGAUCUAUAAUAAACGUAGUUAAUUACCAGUC